AUGCGUGAAGUCAUCUCUGUCCAUGUCGGCCAAGCCGGUGUUCAAAUCGGAAAUGCCUGUUGGGAACUAUACACCGUUGAACACGGUCUUAGCCCUGACGGUCGUCUUGUCGAAGGUUCCCCUUCUGCCAACGAUGAUGGCUUCAGCACUUUCUUCUCGGAGACAUCCUCGGGCAAGCACGUUCCGCGGUCACUCUACAUUGACCUCGAGCCGAACGUGAUCGAUGAGGUCAGAACAGGCACUUACAGGAGCCUCUUCCACCCGGAGACCCUCGUUACUGGCAAGGAAGAUGCCGCCAGCAACUACGCCCGUGGUCACUACACUAUCGGCAAAGAACAGAUCGACGUUGUUAUGGAUAAGGUUCGUCGUCUCGCAGACAACUGCAAUGGUCUGCAAGGCUUCUUUGUUUUCCACUCCUUCGGUGGUGGAACGGGAUCUGGUUUUGGUGCUCUUAUCUUGGAGCGCCUGUCGACCGAUUAUGGUAAAAAAUCGAAGCUUGAGUUCAGCGUAUACCCUGCGCCAACGAUGGCCAACUCUGUGGUUGAACCUUACAACUCGGUGUUGACGACACACACUACCCUUGAGCACUCUGAUUGCUCAUUCAUGGUAGACAAUGAGGCAAUUUAUGACAUCUGCAAAAAGAACCUUAAUAUCUCAUCUCCUGGCUUCACGAACCUGAACCGAUUGAUCGCACAAGUUGUUUCAUCGAUAACAGCAUCUCUACGCUUUGAUGGCUCAUUGAAUGUUGAUUUGAACGAGUUCCAAACCAACCUUGUUCCGUUCCCGCGCAUUCAUUUCCCUCUUGCCACAUUUGCGCCCAUCAUUUCAGCGGAGAAGGCACAUCAUGAGCAGAACUCUGUUGCUGACAUGACCUUCUCUUGCUUUGAAACGGGUAGCCAGAUGGUGAAGUGUGAUCCCAGGGAGGGCAAAUACAUGGCCUGUGCUCUCCUCUACCGUGGCGAUGUCGUACCUAAGGAUGUCAACGCAGCUGUCAGUGUCAUCAAGACGAGGCGCACUAUUCAGUUUGUUGAUUGGUGUCCCACCGGUUUCAAACUUGGUAUCUGCAACGAACCACCUGCUCACAUUCCUGGUGGAGACCUUGCCAAAGUCUCUCGUAGCAUGUGCAUGUUAUCAAACACCACUGCCAUCUCAACUGCAUGGAGUCGUCUCGACCACAAGUUUGACCUUUUGUACUCGAAACGCGCCUUUGUUCACUGGUAUGUUGGUGAAGGUAUGGAGGAGGGUGAGUUCUCGGAAGCUCGUGAGGAUCUUGCUGCUCUCGAAAAAGACUAUGAGGAAGUUGGCAUCGACUCGGCUGAUGUUGAGGAAGCUGGCGAGUACUAG